AUGAGUCCAGCCUUUGAAAUGUGCACUGUGUGUGAGGUCCGAGCCAAUGUUGAGCUGAGAUACGGGGCCGUCUGCUGCAACGCUUGCCGCAUUUUCUUCUACCGUAACUUCCGUUCGCUGGACUUUCCAUCCGAAUGUCAAACUCCUGGGCAGUGUCAGGAGAACUGGAAAUGGUGCGAGUAUUGUCAUUUCAAGCAGUGCGUGUCGGCUGGAAUGCGUCCACCUCUCAAGUACUUUUUGGAGAGAUAA